CUUCCUUUUCAAGGAUACUUUAAAAAGAUGAAAACUUGAAAGAGUAAAGAGGAAACCCAAGAAAAAAGUGGGGGCAAAGAACCGAGGUAUGUGGGUGUCACCUGGAACUGUGUUCCUUUCAAUACUGUACUAGAGAUUCCAUUCACUUCUAUACCUUAUUGCUAGCUAAUACUCAUCUUGGGAUUUUCAACCAACACCUUUAGCUUGAUCCUCUUCAUUUUUCCUUUUAAUUAACAACUUAAUUAGUAUAUGCAAUUAUAAAUUUUAUCAUUAUGGAAUCUACAAAUCUCCAUCAUCUCCAAGACCAACCUCCUCCUCCUCCUCCUGUUUCUUCUUUAUCCAGUACCCCAUCCUAUACAGUUGGAGGAACCACCACCACCCACUCUUGGACCCCAAACAUCACUUUGAAUAAUGCAGGCAACAUCAACUCAAAUAACCUCCAAGAAGCUAAUACCAGAUCAAGAUCAUCUUUAACACACAAGAACAAUUAUAUGAAUCAUGAUUUAGGUUAUCAUCAUAGUCAUCAAUGGACAAGUGAUGUUGCUGCCGAAGAGAGCUGCUUAAACAGCAAACAGUUCAAUCAUAACAACAACUUAGAUUCAGAGUUUUCCAAGAAUAGUACUAUAAAGGAAGAGAUCUCAUUUGCUAAUUUCCCCAAAUUCACUGAAAUGCUUAAUUACACUGCUCCUAAUUCCAGCAUGGAAUGUUAUCGAAUACUUGAUCCUUCCACAACAAAUUCAACAGAGAUGAAGAAUAAUAAUAUUGACGAGCACAAGGAUAUGAAUGCUCUCAUGCUCAAGACACUUUUUACAGGAGGAGAAUUUUAUAACGCUGAAAAUUAUCCUAACUUUGGAGACACAAGUAUUCCAACUCCAAGUAGAGGCAACAAUAAUAUUAGUAGCCAGAUUCACCCGAGCAUCGAUAUAUCAAACUUGAACCAUUACUCGUCUUCGUCUGCUACCACAUCCUUGGAUAUGAACAUGCAGUCAUUAGAUCUAUUAACUAAUUCAUCAACAUCAUUUAGUGCUAAUUUACAAGACCAUCAUCAUAGUAGAUUUACUACUCAUGAUCAUGACAACCUUUCUUUUCAUCUUCAUCCUAUGCAACACCACCACCCCACGAACAUGUCCUCUUCUACUAACUCUAUUCAUAAGCCAUCACUAUUCAGCAAUGGUGCGGCAGAAACAAAGAGAGGGUGCACCUUGAUGGAGUCAAAGGUUUCUCAAUCUCAAACGGCGUUGAAGAAAUCACGAUCUUCAUCAGAAUCACGUCCUUCAUGCCCACCCUUUAAGGUUAGGAAAGAAAAAUUAGGAGAUAGGAUUGCGGCUCUACAGCAGUUAGUGGCUCCUUUUGGAAAGACUGACACAGCAUCGGUACUUAUGGAAGCGAUUGGAUACAUCAAAUUCCUUCAAGGUCAAGUCGAGACACUGAGUGUUCCUUAUAUGAAGUCGUCCCAGAACCAAAACAAUAGAGUGAUUCAAGGGGGUUCAGCCAAAGGUGACACAAAGGGAGAACCAAAACAAGAUCUGAGAAGUCGAGGCCUCUGUCUCGUGCCAUUGUCAUGCAUGUCAUAUAUAGCCGGUGAUGGCAGCACUGAGGUGUGGCAACAACGCCCAAACUUUGGUGGACCAGCUUAAAUAUUUCUAGUACUAGUAAUAUCUUAUUUGAAUUAAAAACCAAAUGAUCUUUCAAAUGGAAGUUAGGAGUUAAAAACAAAUCCAAUUGUAUCCAUGUUUAAUGGCGCAAACUUGAUCUUCCUUCGUAAGAGUCAAUGAUGGCCAAGUUUGAUCCAUUAAAUUAAACAUCUUGUACGUUUUUUUUAAGAAAUCUUGCACCCUUAAUUAAAUUGCAUGUACGUUUUGUCA